GGGAGAGGAUGUGGUGUAGUAGGAUAGAACUGAAGACAGACCCGCACGGAAAACCGUCGUCCAUCGACAGAAGAGAUGCGCGAUAUCAACACAGAACUGAGAGAACGAGGGAGAGGGCGAUGUAAAGAUGGACAAAUAAUUUGAGAUGCACGCAGAGUCGAGGGGGUUCGUUUUCACCGCUUUUCACCACGUUCGUUGGAGCUAGAAACGCAGAGCGUCGCGUCGAAAUCGAAACGGGGGGCGGCGUGAGGGGGCCAUCAUGGGGAACGAAGCGAGCCUCGAAGGCGGCGAAGGGGUGCUUGCUGGAUUACCGGAGGGGCUCGCACCGGACGGGAAAGGAGGCUUCAUUCGGACCUCCACGGGGGCACAGGUGGACCUGAGCCAACUCAGCGAGGAUGACAGAAAGCAACUCGCCGCGGCUAUGUCAAGGGCGCAAGCCAACAAGCCCGGGGGCGCGCCCGCUCGAAGGCCCUCGGAGGCCGAUGUUCAGCAGCGGCCCCAGCAGCCAAGGGUUGGACCCUCUGUUCGGCUUAGCAAGAGUCGCACCGUAGACGCGUUUGGAGAGGGCCCCACUGGCAGGCCGGCCCCUGGCCGCAGUCCCUCGUCCCUCAGCCUCUUAGAGUCCCGAUUCAGGCAGGAGCCUAAGGACCCAGAGAAGAAAACAGGCAUGUUUGGCUCCAGCUUCCUGAGUGGGGCCAACCCGCUUAACGCUGUCUCGUCCAUGACCUCCCAGGUGUCCUCUGGAAUGUCCUCAAUGUCCUCCGAGGUCACCUCCAUGGGCUCCGGGGUCAACAUGCCCUCAUUUGGCCUGUUUGACAAGGAAGAAAAGCCUGGAGAGAAGCCCCAAGGUGGGCCCCCAGGGCCGGGCAGCAAGGGCCCCCAGCAGGGGGGGCCAAGACCCCCUGGCCCCGGACAAGGGCCCAGACCCCCUGGGCAGCAAGGGCCCAGACCCACUGGUCAAGGACCCCUUGGGCAGCAAGGGCCCAGAACCCCUGGCCCCGGACAAGGGCCCAGACCCCCUGGGCAGCAAGGGCCCAGACCCACUGGUCAAGGACCCCCUGGGCAGCAAGGGCCCAGAACCCCUGGCCCCGGACAAGGGCCCAGACCCCCCGGGCAGCAAGGGCCCAGACCCACUGGUCAAGGACCCCCUGGCCAGCAAGGACCCAGACCCCCUGUCUCCGGACAAGGGCCCCCUGGGCAGCAAGGGCCCAGACCACCUGGUCAAGUCCCCCCUGGGCAGCAAGGACCUAGACCCCCUGGCCCCGGUCAAGGGCCCCCAGGGCAGCAAGGAGCCCCUGGACCCGGUGCACAGCCAGGCGGGCCAGCUAAAGCUGGGGGUCUCCCUGGUCCACAAGGCCCUGGUAAACCACCUGGAGGUGGGCUGUGUCCGCUGUGCAAGACUACCCAGCUCAACGUGGGCUCCAAGGAGCCGCCCAACUUCAGCAACUGUACCAUGUGUAAGAACCAGGUGUGCAGCCUAUGUGGAUUCAGCCCCCCAGACUCGGAGGGUAAAGAGUGGCUGUGUCUCAACUGCCAGAUGCAGAGGGCUAUGGGGGGUAUGGAUGACCCUCCUAUGAUGGGCAAGGGCUCUGCCCCUCCUUCACCCUCAAGGAAAGACCCUGGAAAAGAUGGCAAGAAGCCCAAUCUACUGAUUAAGCAGCAGAGCAUCUCCGACAGAGGCUUAACCCCUCCAACCACACCCAAACAGAAAUCCCCCGGUCCAUCUUCCCCGAAAGGCAGCCCCCAGCCCUCACCGGCCAAAGGUAAACAGGAGUCCAGCUUCUUCGGGGGCCUGGGGGGCAUCAGCCUAGGGGGGCUCACCGAUGUGGCCAAGCCUCCAGCCGCUGCCUCCCAGGCGGCCGAGUCCAUCACGGGAACAAUGUUCAGUGGCUUUGGUGGGUUCACUGGAUCAGCCAAACCUGAUCGGGCCAAAGCUGCUGCUGGUACCCAAAAAACAGCAGAGUCGGUGACGGGAAAGAUGUUCAGUGGGUUCGGUGGUUUUACUGAGACAGCCAAGCCCCCAGCGGCUGCCUCCCAGAUGUUUGGCUUUGGCUCGUCUAUCUUGAGCUCGGCCACCAACCUCAUGACCACCGACUCUGUGGACUCUGUGGACUCUGUGGAUGACAAAGCUGGUUCUCCUGCCGAUUCUCCUGCCGGUUCUCCUGCCGGCUCUCCCCCAGAAUCCCCCUUCUCUGCCCCGGGUUCUCCCCUUGGUUCUCCCCCGGACUCUCCCUUCUCCGCUCCCGGGUCCCCCCCCGACUCAGACAGCCCUGACACCCCACCUGCCUCCAAGAAGGCCCCCAAACGUGCCGUCUCCCUGCUGAAGGACCAAAAGUCCAUAGAAGCAGAUCCCUCCGUGGAGCCUCUGAAAGCGGGGGAGCCGCUUACUACGGCCACAGGAUCGGGGGCCCAGGAAAACUGCCCUCUGUGUAAGGUGGAGCUGAACGUUGGAUCGGCAGACCCCCCUAACUACAGCAACUGCACUGAGUGCAAGAAGAGUGUGUGUAACCUGUGUGGCUUCAACCCCACACCUCAUCUCGGUGAGAAAGAAUGGUUAUGUCUCAACUGCCAGACCCAAAGAGCUCUCUCUGGCCAGCUGGGCGAUAUGCCCCCUCCACCAUCUCCUGUGAAGAAGCAACUACCCACACCUACCCCUACCCCUCCUGCCUCCCCUGCCAAAGUCCCUGACUCCCCAGCUGCUGCUGCCUCUCCAUUAACGGGAAGCCCCUCAGUCACUCAGGUAGAGGCAGCAGCAGCAAAGGAAGACACCCAGCCGCUUCCCAUCUCCAAGGUAGUAGCAGAACGCACCCCGCCCCAAACACCAGACGCUGCGUCUGCAAACACAGACACCACACCCAUCCCACCUGAGCAUGCCACCCCUCCUUCUGAUAGUGUCCCAGAGGAGAAAGAAUCAGAGCAGGCUGACACAGUGGAAGCUAUAUCUGAGACUAUACUGGAUGAGCCUGUGACAGAGAGUGUAGUGGAGAGUGCUGUCGAAGCCUCAGUGGUGGAGAAAGAACCAGAGCAGGCUGAAGCAAUAGAAGCUAUAUCUGAGAGUAUACGAGCUGAGCCUGUGCCAGAGAGUGUAGUGGAGAGUAUUGUUGAAGCCUCAGUGGUGGAGAAAGACCCAGAGCAGGCUGAAGCGAUGGAAGCUAUAUCUGAGACUAUGUUGGAUGAGCCUGUGCCAGAGAGUGUAGCGGAGAGUGCUGUCGAAGCCUCAGUGGUGGAGAAAGAACCAGAGCAGGCUGAAGCAAUAGAAGCUAUAUCUGAGUGUAUACGAGCUGAGCCUGUGCCAGAGAGUGUAGUGGAGAGUACUAUUGAAGCCUCAGUGGUGGAGAAAGACCCAGAGCAGGCUGAAGCGAUGGAAGCUAUAUCUGAGACUAUGUUGGAUGAGCCUGUGCCAGAGAGUGUAGCGGAGAGUGCUGUUGAGGCCCCGGAAGUGGAUCAUCCAGAGAGUAUGCCAGAGAAAGUUACAGAAGAACAGUCACCACCCAACACUACUCAGGCAGAAUCAGAUUUCCAGCCUGCAGUUGUAGAGGAGCCUGUCAUUGCUCCCCCUGUAGAGAAUGAGUCAGAAAAGCCUGUUGAGGCAGCACCCGAGCCAACUCCAAGCCCAGAUAAAGUGCAGAGUGAAUCUACACCAGAGGAGAUCUCACCGGCUCCCUCUGCAGGUAGGGAGAAAGAGGAGCUCAUCCUAGAGAAGGUUCUUGAAGAGGAAGCUAAGCCGGUAGAGCCAGAGGUGAUUCCAACACCUGAAACGGUCACACAGGAAACUACUGUCCAACCUGACCAAUCACCAGAGCCUGUACCGCCAGCUCCUGCAGUCACUGAGGAAGAAGGGAAAGCAGUGAUGAUUGAGGAAAAACCUAGCCAGCCACCGAAAGCUGAGGAGAAAGCUCCUACACCUCCUGCAGUCACCGAGCAGGAGGAGAAACCUAAAGAGCCAGAGCCUCAAGCAACUACUGUUGAACAGCCUCCAACUGAGGUGUUUUCAGUACAUACAGGUCCAAUAGCAGAGAGUUCAGAUGUGGCGGCUAAGAUGCCAGAGGUGGCUCCGGCUCCACCAGUUAAGGUUGUAGAGAAUUCGGCCUCAGCUCCCGAAGCCCCUAAUGAGCCGGUAGAGGAUUGUGCAUCUCCCAAACCAGCAGAGCUAGAGCCUGUGCCUUCACAAAAAGAGGAGGUACCCCCUGCAGUAGAAGAAACUCCCCCUGUAGUUGCUGAGAAUGAACAGCCUAAAGUGGUAGAGACCGUUCCACAAACUGAGGCAGUUGAGUCUGUAGCCCCAUCUCCUCCUCUAGUUACUGCUAAAGUUGAGAAGAAGCCUGUAGAGAAGGAAGAAGAGCCAAUACCGCCAGCCCACAUAGAGGAUAAACCUGUAGAGAAGGAGGAAGAGUCAAUUCAGCCAGCCCAAGUUGAGGAUAAGCCUGUAGAGGAGGCAGAGCCAAUACCGCCAGCCCAAGUUGAGGAGAAGCCUAUAGAAGAGGCAGAGCCAAUUCAGCCAGCCCACGUAGAGGAUAAACCUAUAGAGAAGGAGGAAGAGUCAAUUCAGCCAGCCCAAGUUGAGGAGAAGCCUGUAGAGAAGGAGGAAGAGUCAUUUCAGCCAGCCCAAGUUGAGGAGAAGCCUAUAGAAGAGGCAGAGCCAAUUCAGCCAGCCCACGUAGAGGAUAAACCUAUAGAGAAGGAGGAAGAGUCAAUUCAGCCAGCCCAAGUUGAGGAGAAGCCUGUAGAGAAGGAGGAAGAGUCAUUUCAGACAGCCCAAGUUGAGGAGAAGCCUAUAGAAGAGGCAGGGCCAAUUCCGCCAGCCCAAGUUGAGGAGAAGACUGUAGAGGAGGCAGAGCCAAUUCCGCCAGCCCAAGUUGAGGAGAAACCUGUAGAGGAGGCAGAGCCAAUUCCGCCAGUCCAAGUUGAGGAGAAGCCUGUAGAGGAGGCAGAGGCAAUUCAGCCAGCCCAAGUUGAGGAGAAGCCUGUAGAGAAGGAGGCAGAGCCAAUUCCGCCAGCCCAAGUUGAGGAGAAGCCUGUAGAAAGUGAGGCAGUAGUAAAGAAAGUACCAGAGGCUUCUCCUGCACCUCCUGCUGCUGAACCAGAAAACGUUAGCCCUGAGAGAGAUUACGAAAGGACAGAGUCAGAAACAGUGGUUGAACCCAGCCCAGAAGUCAAAGCCGAGGAGUCAGUUUCACCAUCCCCUUUUGAGAAAAAAGUCACAGAACAGCUCCCAGAACCUGAACCACAAUCAGCUAAAGUUGAUCAGAUCCCACCUCAGGGGGCUGUAGAGGCUCCAGCACCAGUAGUAGAAAAAAACACAAAUGAAACUGAAACGGAGGCUGGAGCAGAACGUGUAGGUCAGAAAGACGAAAAUCUGACAUCUGUGGAUACAAAGGUUGAACCAGAGCCAACAGCAGAUAAUAAGGCUGAAAAAACCCAGGAUGAGUCUACUGCUCCAGCUUCUGAAGCUAAAGAGGAAGAAAAGGUCAAAGCAGAGCACUUAGAACAAGCUACAGAGGCAGCGUCACUAUCAUCUGCUGCUAGUGAGCCACAAGCCCCUGAGAACGUUUCUGAGGAGAAACCCACACAGGAAGGAAAAGUAGCUGAAAGCAUAGCUGAAAAUAAACAAGAGGUGUCUAUAGCUGAGAGUAGGGUGCCAGCUCCUACUGUGUGUCAUGAGAAAGAAGUGCAAGAGAAAGAAUUAUCCAAAGAUGAAUCCAAGCAAACUCCAAAGACAGACUCUGUGUCGGAGAGCAUUCAGCCAGAGGAAGAGAAAGUGGUUGUGUCACCACCUGUAGUUAGUGAAAAGCAAGAACAUUUUUCAGUAUCAGAGGUGAAAGCUGUGAGUGACAGACAGGGCAGCGUAGAAGAAAAAACAAUACCAGAGCAGACUAAAAUAUCUGAAACUGUAUCUGAAAAUGAGUCUAUUGCCCCAGCCCCUGUAGUAGAACCUGACACCCUAGUCCCUGUAGUUGGUGAACAGGACGAAGACAAACCCCUGAAUGAAGAGAAGAUAAUAGAGGCUGAACUGGAUGCAGUUGGAGAGGCAACGCUGAAAGACCCUGGAGAAAAAAACACCAUCGCCAAGGAUAGCAGUCCCACCAGCCCCUCAGACCUUGCCAAGCUGGAGAGCACUGUCCUUCCCAUACUAGAGGCCCAGGCUACACAACCAAAGGAUAAUUCAGACAAACUGACCGACUCACUCAAGACCAGACGCAAACUUGAGGUGCUAGCCCUCUCACCUGAAUCUCCCAGCACAGAGGAUGACCCAGAACUCUCAGAGAAGAAGGACGCCUCAGCAAAGAAAAAGCUGCUGGUGCCGACAGACAUCAGGGGUGACUCGUUGGAGGACAGCAGUGAGAGCUUAGGGAAAGAUAGUCCCGUGUCAGGGGAUGACGAAGACUUCAUUCGUAAACAGAUCAUGGAGAUGAGUGAGAACGAGGAUGCUUCGCCGUCAGACGAAGAAAAUCUAAUCCGGCGAAAGAUCCGAGAUCAUGAGAGGAAACGAAUGGAGCAGGAGAAAGGGGAGGGGAAGGAGAGAAGUGCAAUGGCAAAAGGCAGGCGGCUCCUCAAGAAGAACACCAUCAGCCCUGAGGACGAAGAUGAGCAGAAAAUCUCACUGGAUAAACUUGACAAGGCAUGGAAAGAGGGAUCGGAACCCAAAGUCUCAGACUCUCAGGAAGGGGAACAGCCUUCGGCCGAUAGAGUUGUGACAGUACGCCAAUUCAGAACCAUCGAGCUCAACACGACUACCACCCCUGUGCGCAUACCGGGUACGUCAGAUGAUGGAGAGCUUGAGAUGGAAAGCCUCACCAACUCCCCUGAUGAUCGCUCCAGGGGCGAUGGGUCCUCCAGCCUGCACGCAUCCAGCUUCACCCCUGGGACAUCGCCUACAUCCCUAUCCUCUUUGGAUGAGGACAGUGACAGCAGUAGUCCCAGCCGCAUGCACAGUGGCGAGGGGAAACAGCACAGGAAAGCGAAGCAUAGACAACAAGGCCAAGGUCUACCCACCAUCGAAGACUCUUCUGAGGAAGAGGAGUUACGAGAAGAGGAGGAGCUGUUAAGAGAACAGGAGAAGCAGAAAGGCUCUGGGAAGAAGUCGAAGAAGGACAAAGAGGAGAUCCGAGCUCAGAGGAGGCGGGAGCGUCCCAAAACGCCGCCCAGCAACCUCUCUCCCAUUGAAGAUGCCUCCCCAACAGAAGAGCUGAGGCAAGAGGCAGAGAUGGAGGAGUUCAGGCGAUCAUCCUUAUCCGAUUUCUCUCCCAGCAUCGAGUCAGAACCAGAGGGAGUUGAGAUCAAUGCUGCAAAGAUUGCAGCAGUACAGAAAGUAUAUCAACUUCCUACAUCUGUUUCACUCUACUCUCCAACAGCUGAUCAAGGUGCUAAUAAAAGCCCUGAAAAACGAGCCCUGAAAACUGCAGACGAAGCCUACGAAGAUAUCAUGCUAAAGGCUAAAACACCCACAAAGGAAAAGGUGGACACCCCUCCGGGGAAAGAGUCCCUCUAUGGUGGGAUGCUGAUAGAAGAUUAUGCCUAUGAGUCUCUUGUUGAUGGAAAUGGAAAGAAAGUCCAGCAGCGGGAGCCUGAGAAAAUCUCAGUGCCAGCUCAGCCCAAAAUACUGAGAUCUCCAGAUGAGGUUUACGAAGACAUGAUGGAGAAGAAGAAAGAAUUCAUGCAGCUGGAGCAGGAACUGAAAAAAGCACAGUCUGUGUCAGAUAGACCCACACCAGAGAUUGUAUUGCAACCCACUGAGCCAACCAGAUCCACGAGUGUUACAGUUACUAUAGGCAAGGAUGGGAAACCACUGCUCGAUGCUGAGGCUACGUAUGAGGAACUCAUGAAGAAAGUUCUGACUCCUGGGACUAGCCCGACACAGCAGGGUCCUGAUAUAUCUGGGGCGGCCCCUGGUGGUGAGUUUGAAGGUACUGAAUCCAGAAGGGCUCUGCGUCCCAUACCAGACCUGAGGGUUACACAAUGCUCCUCAGGGGAGGAGGACGCUGAUGAAGAGGCCACUGAGACCAAAAGUCAAGAUAUGCCAAAGACUUCAUCAGACAUUCCUAAAGCUGAUCAGGCACCCUUAACAGCUGCUGCAGAGUCCAAAUCAGUUGCUUCCAAGGUCACCCCAUCAAAAACUUCAGACCAACCACAGACCCAAUUUGAAACUUCCCAGGCUGACCAGCCUCUGGACAUAACCCAACAGGAUGUCAUGGACUUGUCUAGUAUGAAGUCCUCAGCCCCUGCUGUUGCCAGUGUAUCGCCCUUACCCACCGUCCCUCAGUACACCCCCACUGUCCCCAGUGUAGUGUCGACCACCCCACCAGUGCCCCCCAAACCAGCCAUCCUGCACAGGGCUCUGUCUCAGGAAAAAGUAGACAUUCCUGAACCCCCUCCACUGCCCCCUCCCACCAUGCCAAAGCCAUCGGUUUACCCCAGGAAACCCCCUGUUCCGCUUCCAUCUCAGGCUAUAAUCAGGUCAGAACAUGUUGCCAUGACAACAGCCCAAGGGUCGCCGGUAAGACAGCCUCAUAUCCCUCCACCGGUUCCUCCAAAGCCAGCCAUCCCUGCUGGAAUGGGGUACAGCCACAGACCAGGGGAAAACGUCAAACCACCCCUUGCUCCAAAACCUGGCUCUCAGCCUGGCUCUCCUGCCCACAUCCAAUAUCCAAGACCCACUGCCCUCCACACAGGCCAUGCUGAUAUAGCCCUGAAUCUGAGUCCCUCAGCUGAAAGCAGGCCAGGUCACUUCUCAGGUCAUUCCUCGGGUCACUCCUCGGGUCACCCAUCCCCCACUUCUCCGCGAUACGGCAAUCGACACGAAACUUAUGUGGUUAUAACUCUGCCAUCCCAGCCCAACUCUCCAGUGGAAGGGAUCACCACCCAGGCCCCAUCCAGUCCUGGUCCAGCAUCUCCUUCAAGACAUGCCCAACCUCCACCUCAAUCUCAAACACAGUAUCAACCACAACCUCAACCCCAGAAACAACCACAGCCACCUCCACCACACACAAAUAGGAUGCCCCUGGCAUUCACUCGCAUCACUGAGUCCAUGGAAAGUCAAGAGAUAUGUGGGCCAGAGAAAGUUGUGUCAAGCUCCUGUCAUGUCAUUGAGGCUAUUUCAGCAUCCGCUCCACCCCCAGAGGUCCGGUUAGGGCAGGUCACUCAGUUUGUGACGACAGAAGUUCAAAGAACCAUGGUGUCUGUCCGACACGAAAGGUCACCGCCCCCACCUCCGGCCCCAAGAGCGAACGGUGUUCCAAUCUCACUGAAGAAACCUAAACCACAACAGACACAGAGUCCACAGGGCUACCAGCCAGGGGAGGUAGUAGACCUUCGUACCAUGAAGGUGAAUUCAGAAUCGGCCAUGAAAGUGGUGGAUCUGUCUUCUUCAGAUGUUAGACGCCAGUCCUUGGCCACAGACAUCAGCGGUCGUCAGACAAGCGCAGUGCAGUCCCCAGUGGUAAAUCUCAGCACUGAGUCGACCAGUGUUUCCAUAGUGACUGACAGCAUCACCAUAGUUACAUGUGCUGCCACCAUACAAAGUUACGAAAAUACCAACAUAUCCCAAGUCCCUUCUCUGCCCCUUCAGCUUACAACCACAAACAAAGCCUUCGAGCCUGUUUGUCAGAUUAUCUAUCGCCCCAUAGAUGCACAGCCCACAACCAGCAACAAUGCUGAGAUCCCGAUUAACCUUUCUCUAGGACCUGGCACAGGCUUAGGGUCAUUCCAGCCACCUGUCACUAUCGCCCCUACCCCUGCCCUUGGGUGUGUGGCUAAUGGUCUGAGCAGCGGGAUGCCGACAGUAGCAGGUGCAGUGGACCUUAGCACAGCCAAACCCUUCAACACUGUGGUUUCGGUCGACGCUUCCUCUGCGGAAGUGGUCACGGCUGUGAUCACAGAGGAGGAUGGGAAACCCGUGGACCUGACGGCUGGGAGAAGAGCUGUCUGCUGUGAUGUUGUCUACAAGCUGCCAUUUACAGGUAGCUGCACCACCCAGCAGCCCACUACUCCAUUGCCCGAAGACCGCUUCGGUUACCGAGACGACCACUACCAAUAUGACCGCUCACCGUACAACAUGAGGGGCUUCGGUGGCAUCAAACCCUCCAUGUCCGACACCAAUCUGGCUGAGGCCGGGCUUUUCCUCUAUAAGAGCAAGAACAGUUACAAUUUCCAUGGCACCACAGAGGGUGCAGUAGACCUGACAUCCUCCAAGACAUCUGAUGCAGGUGUAGCUUUGGACUUCUCCACCAAAGGCUCAGGGUUAUAUUCAGGAAUGAUAAUCCCCCCAUAUUCCCAAGCUAGAGUCAAAGGAGCUGUUGGGACACACUUUGGCACGAGCAGUGUCCUGAGAUCCUCCAAUGGGGUGGUGUACUCUUCAGUCUCAGUACCAAUCCCAUCCACCUACGCCAUCACCACACAACCUGGGUCCAUAUUCAGUACCACUUACAACUCCCUGUCGGCGGGCAUGCACACCAGCGACACCAUGCCAUCCCUAUCCACUCUCCAGAACCAGCCCAUGACUCGGUCCCACAGCUUCAUCUCCACCACCUCUGCAGACAAUCAAGGGGAUGUCGCCCUCAACCUGGAGCUUGCUAAAGAUGGCAUAUCCACCUCCGUGGCCCUCAGCACCAAAACAGUCACCCUGGCCCUGGAAAGGCUGGACUCGUACACAGACUCGUCCCUGGAGGCUAUCGCCGCCUCGCUGGAGGCCCUGUCCUCGCCCUGUGUGCCAGGGGAGGGCCAGUACCAGAUGCAGCGUGAGAUUCUGGAGAUGGAGAAGUUCAAACAGCAGCGGUUGGCUGAAGAACUGGAGUGGGAGCGUCAGGAGAUCCAGCGCUUCCGUGAGCAGGAACAGAUGCUGGUGCAGAAGGAGCUGGAGGAGCUGCAGUCCAUGAAGCAGGCCAUCCUGUGCCAGCAGGAGGAUGAGCGCCAGGCCCACCUCAUGAUGCAAAAGGAAACCUAUGCCCAGCAGCAGCAGCAGCUAGAACAGAUCCAGAGGCUCCAGGAGCAGCUCCGAGCACAGCUGGAGGAGCAGAAGUUCCGGAAGAUGUACCCGGGGGAGGUGUUGCUGGGGCAUGGCCAGCAGGAGGCAGUCGUCCUGGGGCCGGACGGCACCGAGCUGGCCCGGAAAAUCAUGGAUAGUGGGUGUCAGACGGACGACGAGGACAGUGUUGUCGAUAAAGCCUACACGGCAGGGAGGAAGAAGAGAAGCACGGCAAAGAAGAGCGUAGACAGCUGCGUGCAGACGGACGAUGAGGACCAGGAGGAGUGGGAGCCUGCUCGGGCCAGACGUAGCAGGCCCCGCACGUCAAGGGGGGACAGAGGCGGACAGACUUCCGAUAUAUCCAUUCAGGCUCACUCCGAGAUCUCCAUACAGACGGACUCUGCAGGGAAUGUAAGAAUGGACACCAGGAUGGAGCUCUCCGACUCGGAAAGUCCACAUUGGGAAGACAAGAGACGGCCCACGCCCUUGGAGAUAGAACAGUUUGGCCACCUCAGAGCUGACCCCUCCUCACUUCAGGCCCCGCCCAAAUCCCCCAAUGUUCUCUACUCCCCCAUAUCCCCCUGCAUAUCCCCAAGCAAAUCCCUUGAGUUUGUGUCCUAUGAGAAAUCACUGGGUGAUACAAGCCCACAGAGAAUAAGAGGGAGUACUGAUCCGACCAAAGUCUCUCCAACCGGCAGCCCCAAGGGACCUAAGGCCAUGCAGAGAUCCAUGUCCGACCCCAAGCCCAUGAGUCCAACUGGAGAGGAGAGGGCAUCAUCCAGUUUCCAGUAUGGCGACGGUUCCUCCGGCAAAAGCUCGUCGGGCAGCACCCCAACUGGCACCGGCAAGAAGGUGAAGAGGACCCUGCCCAACCCGCCCUCGGAGGAGGAGGCAACAGCCGCCGGCCAGACGGCCUACAGCACUGGCUCGGCCCGCCGUCGCAUGUGCCGCAACACUAACAUGGCGAGAGCCAAGAUCCUGCAGGAUAUCGACCGAGAGCUGGACAUGGUGGAGCGUGAGUCGUCCAAGCUCCGCCACAAGCAGGCGGAGCUAGAUGAGGAAGAGAAGGAGAUCGACGCCAAGCUACGCUACCUGGAGAUGGGCAUCAACCGCAGGAAAGACGCCCUCCUCAAGGAGAGGGAGAAGAGGGAGCGGGCCUACCUGCAGAGUGUGGCCGAGGAUCGUGACUACAUGUCAGACAGCGAGGUCAGCAACAUCCGGGAGACACGGAGUGGCCGUGGCAGUGGAGAAGAUGAUGAGAUGGGAAGUCACGGGCUGGAGCGCCCCAGGACGGCACCCCAGUCGGAGCUGGAUGAUUUUGUGCCACCACAGACCACACACGAGGCCCAGUACGGCACGUACUCCCAGUACCAGUACCCACUGAGCCAGACGCUGUACCAGCAGCAGUCACUCUACCAGUCUCCCCAGUCCUACCAGUCUCAGUCCAUCUAUUCCUCAGUCCCAUCCCUGUCUAGCUCCCAGCAGCAGAGCUACCACCAGAUGCUCCUUCUCCAGCAGAAGGCAGCCAGGCAGGCGGCCCUGAUCCAAGAGUUGGACGCGUCGUCAAAGUACGAAAUCAUCAGCCGACAGCCCGACCCUGUGUCCUCUGCCUACAUGGGAGGGGUCAGAUACGACAAGUACGGUAACCACUUGGACCUCCGGGCCCUGGAGGUGGGGGGCAGCAUGGCUGGCAGCCCCAUGUCCAACGUGUCGGCCGACUCCUUCUAUGGAGACGUGGAGCACCACCACCACACUCCACGAAGCUACGUCCUCCUAGAAGAUGCGGCAGAGCUGGCCAAGAGCUCCACGAGUCUGGCUUCAUCCAGCUACGCCCAGGCAGAGAAGGAGCUGGCUAAGGCAGAAAGGCUGUUGCGAAGGAGUGCAGCCGACUUGACCUCCACCGACUACCUGGGCUCCAGCUCCAGGCUCCACUCCGGGUAUGGAAAGACCCCAGACGAUGAGGACUCCAUGGACGACCCCUACGAGCUGAAGCUCCUCAAGCAGCAGCUGAAGCAGGAGUUCCGGAGGAGCACAGGGGGAACAGAGAGUCUGGACCCACUGACGGGUCUCUCCCACAACUACUACGGCACCCCCAGCUUGGGUGUCUCCUCCUCCCAGAGUUACUCCCAAAGACACUACCCCAAGACGGAGAAAUAUAGCAUCAGCCGGCUGACCCUAGAGAAGCAGGCAGCCAAGCAGCUCCCUGCAUCCAUGCUGUACCAGAAGCAAAAAGCCCCGCUGACCGACCCCAAAGUCUCCAAGUACUCCUCCAUGCAAGACGGCAGGAGUGUGGAGACAGACUAUACCAGCUAUUUAGGGUCCAGUAACGUUAGCGCAUCUCCCAGAUCCAGCCGGCUCCUUCAGGACGAGAUCACCUUUGGACUACGCAAGAACAUUGCAGAGCAGCAGAAGUACCUGGGCUCCACGUUGGGUGCCAACCUGGCUGGCUCGCUCAACUUCGGCCAGAGCCUGGCCUUGGACUCGACUUCCUACCCAAGUGGCAGCCGGUCACGGCCCUCUUCUAGGCCCAACUCCGUCUAUGGCCUGGAUCUCUCACUCAAACGGGACCCAUCCAGUUCCUCUUUGAGGCUCAAGGGGGACGGCGAGGCGGCCUCAGACAGCUACCAGAUGCCAUCAGGGCGUGCCAAGCCCACCAGCCUGCCCAUCGUGCAGGGCGGCCGGGGGCGCAUCCCCAUCUUGGCGCAGAACUCUGAGGAGGAGAGCCCAUUGAGUCCUGUGGGCCAGCCUAUGGGCAUGGCGCGGGCGUCGGCGGGGCCCCUGCCGCCCAUCUCGGCCGACUCACGGGACCAGUUUGGUUCGUGCCUCUCCCUGCAGGACUCCCAGCAGCAGCAGCACCUGAGGGAAGAGCCAACGAGGGGUCGGGGCUACGUCUUGAUGGACGACCUCCAGGGCACCAUGUCGGACGGCGAAGCCCUAAGUGACUCCAUGCUGGCACUGAACAGAGAUGAUCACCGACAAUCACAUGAGAAUAUCCCAAACGCCUACCACCUACGGCUAGAGGAAACGGACUGGUUUGACAAACCCCACGAGGGACGACUAGAGAACGGACAAGGACCGGACAGGAGACAGGGGAAGGGUGUUUACUACCCCUUUCCUCACACCAGAGUCAAACUGCAGAGGGAUCCCAAGGACCGCAGCGUGUCAGGGAAUGGAUUGGGUAUCAGAGUGGUGGGAGGUAAAGAGGUUCCAGGGACCAACGGACACAUCGGAGCCUACGUAGCUAAAGUCUUACCUGGAGGAGUUGCCCAACAGACUGGGAAGAUACUAGAGGGAAUGCAGGUGCUGGAGUGGAACGAGCUUCCUCUUACGGGGAAGACCUACGAGGAAGUGCAGGUGCUUGUGGUACAGCAGUGUGGCGAGGCAGAACUCUGCGUGAGACUAGAUCUGAACAUGCUGGCUGACUCAGAGGGCUCUCAGCACCUUGAUCUCCCAGACCAGAGCAAACCAGGUGACAGACCCCCCAGGUCUCCAGGGGUGGAUCCGAAACAACUGGCUGCAGAGCUACAGAAGGUGUCCCUGCAGCAGGCUCCUCCACCUACCACCGCUACGUCCUCCUCCUCCACAGUGGGGGGAGAGAAAGGACCCCACUCUGCCAUCUCAGGCGCCGCCUCGGCCACUUCUAGCGCCAUCCAGAGUCCGGGACAGCCGGGGUCGCCCUCCGUCAGUAAGAAACGCCACAGCAGCAAGUCUGCGGAACCAGUGAAGACACAAUCCCACCCUGUUACUGGAGAGAUACAGCUUCAAAUCAACUAUGACAAGCAGCUGGGGAACCUGAUUGUUCACGUGCUCCAAGCCAGGAACCUGUCCCCCCGAGACAACAACGGCUACUCCGACCCCUUCGUCAAAGUCUACCUCCUCCCGGGGAGGGGUCAGGUCAUGGUUGUCCAGAAUGCCAGUGCUGAGAAUAAGAGGAGAUCAAAACAAGCUGGCCAGAGUCUGAACCCAGAGUGGAACCAGACUGUUAUCUAUAAGAACAUCCACCUGGAACAGCUGAGGAAGAAGCUGCUGGAGGUGAGCGUGUGGGACUACGACAAGUGCUCCUCCAACGACUUUCUGGGAGAGGUGUUGAUGGACCUGUCCAACACAGCUAACAUGGAUAACGUCCCACGCUGGCUCCCUCUGAAGGAACAGAGUGAGGGAGAGCACCACCGGCGCUCCCUUUCAGCACAGGGGCGCCAGCACUCCCCCAAGCCCCCCUCGCAGCACACCUCCCCCAAAACCCCUGCCCACGGUAACCAGGACUCCCCCAAGCCCCCCUCGCAGCACGCCUCCCCCAAAACACCCGCCCAUGGGAACCAGGACCCGCCCAAGUCGUCGGUCAUCAAGAGCCGGAGCCACGGGAUCUUCCCUGAUCCAGCCAAGGACACGCAGGUGCCCACUAUUGAGAAAUCUCACAGUAGCCCCGGCACAUCGAAGCCUUCCCCGUCCGAGGGACACAGCCAACAUACGCCACGCGCGGCUCCACGUGCAGCGCCUCGCAAAAGUGCAAGGCAACACCAGCAGGAUGGCGCCGGCGGUGUCGCUGUAGCAACGGGUGAAGCUCCGGCUCCGCAGCAGCAGCACCGCCUCCAACCAAUCUCCUACCCCCCAGCCCAAAGAGGCCGCCUCUCCCUGAGGCACCACAGACACACCAUAGUGGGCGUGCUCACCAUUCAGAAAGCCCAAUCCGAUUCGCUUCCCGCCCCGCCGGGCCCGGCAGCAUCGGCCACUGGGAGCCAAGCAGACGGCAGACACCUGACCUUCAGGAAAGCCAUGUCUGAAGAGAGGCCACAGAGAGAAGGAGCACGGCCCGGCAGGUCCGGCGACGCCCCGGUAACAGCUGCCUCAUUGGACAGCGGUCUGAGUGGCAGUGCUCACAGCCUAUUGGAGGACGAGGGUGGGACUAAUGCCGUGGACAGUGCCAUCUUCCAGGUCCCUCGGUUUGGGAAGAUUCCAAAUGGCACUGACGUGAUGAUGUCACCAAUGGGCCAUAUGGACUCUGAGGGUAAGACCCAGGUAAUGGGAGAGAUCAAGAUAGCUCUGAGGAAGGAGCUGAAGACAGAGGGAGACCAGCUGGUGUUGGAGAUUCUCCAGUGCAGAAACAUCACCUACAAGUUCAAGUCUCCAGACCACCUGCCAGACCUCUAUGUGAAGCUGUAUGUGGUGAACAUUGCGACCCAGAAGAGGAUCAUCAAGAAGAAGACCCGGGUAUGUCGUCACGACCGCGAGCCCUCCUUCAACGAGACCUUCAGAUUCUGCAUGAACCCCACCGGCCACUCUCUGCAGCUCUUCCUGGUGUCCAAUGGGGGGAAGUUCAUUAAGAAGACCCUGAUCGGAGAGGCCUACAUCUGGCUGGAUAAGGUGGACGUGCGGAAGCGAGUGGUCAGCUGGCACAAACUGCUGGCUAGCUCUGCUCAGAUCCACUCCUAAAGAACCUACUGUUAACCUUGUCUAUUCUAUAGGCUCUUAACUCGCAGAGAGAAAGACGAGGAUGGCUAGGGCACUCGAGUUUACUGUCUCCAUCACUGAUCCACUCUUUAUGGACCUACUGGACAUACUCACAGGUCCACCAUUGGGGUCGGGCGAGGACCGUUAGGGUGCAGGAGUUAGACAUCUCUUACGCAUCCUGUGGAUCUUGAGUUUUGGUGUCAAGGGUCAGGGGUCAGGGGUCAGCGUUUGAAUUGCUUGAGCUGUGACUGGGGAUUGGAUAGUGGGGAGGAAGUAGGUAUGUGUUUACAGGAAAUUAACUUGUGUUUACAGGAAGUAGUAUAGCCAGGGCAGGGAGGAGGACAUUGAGGCAACAAAGCAAGAACAGAAUCAACCAGGUAUUACACACACUCACACACAGUGAAAAACACAUUCAAACACACCACAAAGAAAGAUGAUCGUAAGAGACUGACACAUAAAUACAGGGGGUGGACAUGUUUAGAUUCUCUCAUUGCUUUAUUUGACUGGAGAUGUUUUUAUUUAUGAAUGAAAUUUUAACUACCUGUGGAUUCCCCUCAUGGCUUUGUAUAUUGUUAGAAUAAUUUAAUUAAUUUAUGAAGCAUUUUGGGAAUUAAAUGUUGAAGAUUUAUUAUAAGGAGAUUGCACCUCUUAUUUUUGUAUUAUAAUUAUGAUUAUUAGAGUUUUAUUGAUUAUUCUCCUCAAUUGUUUAAGUACUGAAUGAUGAAUGAAGAAUUUUUUAUCCAGGGACGCACAGUAUAUUUUGUGACAUACUCUCACUUUAAUUCUAAUUCUCGAUUUGAAAUGACUCCCUCAUCUGGCACAAGGUACAAAGACCUUGGCAAGCAUGUUUUUACAUUUUGGGACAACAAUAUUUCCCCUUCUCUUCUUUCUCUAGAUGUAAAUUUAGAUGCUGAUAUAUCAGAUAUAUUAUAUAAACAUUGUUCUAAGUAUAAUUGGUGUGGUUUAACAGACUGGGUAGUCUUGUGCACAGGGUCAUGUUUAUUAGGCACCAAAUGGAAGAGAACAGACUGAAACAAGGAGGGACUACCUGGUGUUGUCCCGGAAUAAAUACUCAUUUUAGUUUUCAGUUGCAAAAUGUUUUCUGCUGGGUGACCUAAUGAACGUGACAGUGAAAAGUUGCAUUGUUGCCUUUGAGGUUGACUUUGUAUAUAGUUGAGUACACUGUCGUUGUGAGAGAUAAAUAGAUAUAUUCUUAUCACAGACAAUCCGUUGUGGAUGAUUGUGGCUUAACGUUUUAUUUUUGGAAUGUGAAAUAUUGGCCACAGGUUUUAGCUGUGAUUCAAGCCUGGUUUUCCUCCAAGUAAGAUACACAGUGAACUGCUAUGCGUAAGACUAGCAUAGUUCUGACUUCUCCUUACAUUCACACAUUUGAAAUAUCUCUUCACAUGCACACUUUCAUGUUUUACUUAGCACUUUGUCAAGUUAUCGAAUGUAUAGAUGAAUAUACAGUAUGUCCCCACUCGUAGAGAAAUAUAAUAUAUAUAAGUAUGUCAAAUGAAUAUAUUAAAUAAAUAAGGAUUAUGAUAAUGA